UUCGCGGUGCUGCCGGAAGGCGGGACUGUGGCUCCGCACUGCGUUCUGUCUGUCGCACAGCUGGAAGGCGCUCCAGCUGCGAGACUACGGCCGAGCUCAGCGGCACGCCAACACACACCCACACCAAGUCGCUUCCGAGUGCGUCAGCAUCACAUCACUUUGUGUAGGCUUUUUUUAUUUUUAUUUUUUUUUAAAUCUCUCAAGAGGUGAGAAUAAUUAUUAGAAAGAAGCAGCCGCAUGGCCCGACAGAACAAGUACCAACUCUGAGAAGAGGAGCGAACCGAGCGGAAAUCGCCUGAUGAGUCCAUGUGCAUUCCGCCUGUGAGCGACCAGCAGGUCCCUGAGCUCCCAGUUGGCGGCCGAGCUGACGCUGUGAUGUGAGGCUGAAACUCAUCCACCACUGUUCCCUCUGCAGCCCGUCCUCCCGGAGCAUGGGGCCCCGCCAACUCUGAAGUGAGCGCCACAAGAUUGCAACCAGACUGGAGGAAGCAAGGUGAACACAGAGACUGGAGGGAACCAUGGAGUCCAUUCUCUCAGAGCAGGCUGCCUCAGUGGACGAGCUGGUGGAGGCCUGCAUCCAAGCCUUCGAUGAGAAAGGCACUUUGAAGGAUGCUUCCCUGGUCCGGAUGUUCCUCAUGAUGCAUCCCUGGUACAUCCCUUCCACCGACAUGGCCAGGAAGCUCGUGCUCCAAUCCCGAGAGGAGAGCUGCACCGAGGAACGUCGAACGAGAAUAUGCCACCUUGUCAAGUACUGGAUCUCUGAGUUCCCUGCCGAGUUCAAUCUGAACCCCGAGCUGGAGGAGCAGAUCAAAGACUUUAAAGACCUCCUGACCACCGGAGGCAACGAGAGGCAGAGUCAGCUCAUCGACCUGGACAGCGUGCCGUCGUAUAAAUGGAAGCGGCAGGUGACUCAGCGUGUCCCAUCUGUGUCUAAAAAGAGGAAAAUGUCUCUGCUGUUCGACCACCUUGAUUCAUCUGAGCUGGCAGAGCACCUGACCUUCCUGGAGUACAAAUCCUUCUGCAAGAUUCUGUUUCAGGACUACCACAGCUUCGUGAUGCACGGCUGCACGGUGGACAACCCCAUCCUGGAGCGCUUCAUCACGCUCUUCAACAGUGUCUCCCAGUGGAUCCAGCUCAUGGUGCUCAGCAAGCCCACCGCCCAGCAGAGAGCAGCUGUCGUCUCCCAUUUCAUCAGGGUGGCGCAGAAACUGCUCCAGCUGCAGAACUUCAACACCCUGAUGGCGGUGGUGGGCGGCCUCAGCAACAGCUCCAUCUCCCGCCUCAAAGACACCCAGAGCCACAUCAGCGCCGAGACCAACAAGGUUUUUAACAACCUCAUCGAACUGGUGACGUCAUGCGGAAACUACAGCCAGUACCGCAAACGCUUCUCCGAGUGCUCGGGCUUCCGCUUCCCCAUCCUCGGCGUGCACCUGAAGGACCUGAUAGCCGUGCACGUGGCGCUGCCGGACUGGGCCGACAAGGAGAAGACGCGUGUGAACCUGGCCAAAACCCAGCAGCUCUACGCCAUCCUGCAGGAGCUGACCCUGAUCCAGACCACUCCGCCGAACGUCGAGUCCAACUCCGACCUGCUCAACCUGCUCACCGUGUCACUGGACCAGUACCACACUGAGGAGGAGAUCUACCAGAUGUCUCUACAGAGAGAACCACGCAAGUCAGCUAACUCCAGCCCUGCCCCGGCGCCUGAAACUAAGCCCACUAUGAUUGAUGAGUGGGCCGUGUCGGUGAAACCCAAUGCUGACCCGACGAUCAUUAAGAAACACAUAGAGAAGAUGGUGGAGAGUGUCUUCAAGAACUUUGACACAGAUGGCGACGGCCACAUCUCCAGGGACGAGUUUGAAGCAAUCAGGAACAAUUUCCCUUACCUCAGCAAGUUUGGAGAGCUGGACAAGAACCAAGACGGUAAGAUCAGCAGAGAGGAGAUGAUCGACUUCUUCUUGAAAGCCAGUUCUCUGCUGAACUGCAAGAUGGGCUUCAUCCACACCUUCACAGAGACCACCUACGUGAAGCCAACGUUCUGCGAGCACUGCGCUGGCUUUAUAUGGGGCUUUUACAAACAAGGCUACAAGUGUAAAGCCUGCGGGGUCAACUGCCACAAGGCCUGCCGCAGCCGCCUGGCCGUGGAGUGCAAGAAGAGAACCAAGAGCAUCAGCCACGAGACUCCGCCUGCCCUGCAGGCCCGGUCCUACAGCUUCCCACCACCUGCAAACACUCCGCCCAGCCUCCAGAACACGGUCAUUGCAGAAGAGGACAUAGAGACGGUCGAGGAGGGAGUAUUUGAUGUCCAUCUAUAACCAGGAGCCUUUAACUGCUGGCUGUGUUCUGGGAGUGGGCCGCUGUCAGUCCUCAGCCCUCUCCACCCUGAACCCUACCCCUCAGCCCCAGCCGACGGUGGUGUUCACGACGCCAGAUCAGAGACCCGAACCCGGCGGAGAACGUUCUGUCAAUAACACAGCAUGUUAGUGAUAGAACCCUCAACACCGAGGGGGUACACGCUCUGAACACGGUGGACUCGCGCUGGAACAGUGCGCCAUCUUCACCUAAAUCGAUGGUGCAACGUGUGUGUUGAUUCAGUCUGCAGAGAGUGUUCAUGUUUAGAACUAUUGGAUGUUUUUUUUUUUCUGUAUUUAAAAAAAACAACAACAAAAAAAACAAUCCAUAAAAUUGUAUUUUCUCAGUGAAACUUUAGAGUCGGUGUGCAUCUUGAGGUGGAUGUCUGCUCUUCUUCAGAACAUUAAGGAGGUGCUGUUAUUGCCAAGAAUGUAAAGCUGCCACCCAGACUAAGCUAUUGUCUCCUUUUCUCUGAGAUGCUCUUGUUUAUUUUCUUUUUUGUUUUCCUCUGCGCCGUUUUCUCAAGUGUGUAUUUGAGUGGAGCCAUAACAAGGACCCAAUUUUGAUGUCAGAUGAUAUAUUGUUGCUUUGUGGAAACCGUGACAAAAGCAUCUGCUGGGCAGACAAAGGCGACGGCAGACAGGAGUGUUUAGACGCCUGUGAUUAGAGCGCCGGCGAACGCCGCCGCCGUGUUUUUGUCACGCUUCCCUUCGUGUCGGUGGCCGUCCUGUAGUGAACGCCGUGCCGUUUUCGCCGUACUGUGAUCGUGAGCCAAGAAUCCAUCCUUGGUGUGAUGCAAAUUUGGCAACAGUUUUCUAAAGGGAUCAAAGCGGGGAAGUGAAACCGAAAUCACCUAAUAAGGCUUUUUUAAAAUUGUUAUUAUUGGACAGCAGCUUGUAGAAAAAUAUUCCUGAGAAUCUUGGAUUUUGCCUUUUUUUUUUUAUUGUUUCUAUUCUGUAAAGUAGAAGUUUGGUGGUUUCUAACGUAGUGAACUCCAGCGCCGUUACUGACAAACGUGUGCAGCUCCGCUGUGCCUGUGGAGAGAUGAAUUCGGACGUGGAGCUGCGUUUUGCAAACUGAUUGAGACUCUGUGUUGUUGAUUCUUUGCUGCAUGAGCAUCUGGCCGUUCAGUGUUGAUUGCCGCCUCGCUGUGUGUGACCAGAACCUCGCUACGAUGUUCUCUGGUGGCCUCCAAAUGAUUCCUUAGUAUUAAAAGCAGCAGCUGUUCAUAUAAGUGUUGUCCUUAAAAUGUUUGUGAUUAAUAAGAAUGAUAUUACUUUAAAAAAAUGA